UCAGCAGCAGACAUGGCGGGGAAGUAAACAGACACACGGAGGACUGUGACCGGAGCAGUGUUUGGGAUCUCCGGGUUCCGUGUGAGCUGCUGGUCGGCCGGAGCUCCGCUGGCUUUGACUGGAGAGCGUUCUAUGGUUUCAGGUCCUCCUCCAUCCAGUCAAAUCCAGUCCACACAGGGCCACAGCAGCUUCACCUGAUCCAGAUCUUUGUUCUGGUUCUGUGAAGCAUCCCUGAUGGCGGGUCGUGGGCGGGGCUUCAGGACCCUGAGCUUUAAUGUGGACUCAGUGGUCCUCAACAGAGGAGAAGGUCUUCCUGCUGGCCUGCAGCAGCCCACUCCUGUGUUCCCUGUGAUGGAGCAGAAGCCCCUCCCCCUGACAGGUGGAGAGGAGGCGGAGUAUCUGUUGGCCCUGAAGCAGGACUUCAGAGGAGCCAUGAAGAGUCUGCCUUGCUUCAUCCAGCCAGCUGCUGCACAGCGAGAUGUGGAGCGUUACUCUGAUAAAUAUCACAGCAGUGAACAGACAGACGAUCUGCUGGACUGGACUCCAGAUUGGAAGAGACUUCCAAAAGAGCUGCGAAUUCAGGUCAAGAAACCUUCCCGAGUGGGUGUGUCGCUCAAAGGUGAGCCCGAACAGAAGAAGAAGAAAGUGAAAGAGAAGGAGGAGGUUCUCCUCAAACUGGAGACUUUGGAAAAGAAGGAGGAGCAGGAGAGCUCCGAGGAAGAGGAGGGGCAGGAGAAGAAGAAGCAGCAGGAGGAGGAGGAGGCCGAGGCAGAGGAGGAGUACGAUGAAGAGGAGUUUGAGGAGGAGACCGAUUACAUCAUGUCCUACUUUGAUAACGGUGAGGAGUUUGGAGCAGACAGCGACGACAACAUGGACGAGGCCAUUUACUGAAACACUGCCGCCACCGAUCAGCAGCCAGCUGGGCUCCCAUUGGCCCGUCUGAUGUCUGACAGAGAUUUGUUGGAUGCAAAACGUCACUUUGCUCUUUUAUUGUAGUUCUUUUUAUAUCAUUUUAAUGAAACGUCCUGAUUGGAGGUUGAAGUCUGAAAGGAGUAAUCUGAUUACUCCUCGGUGACGAGUUCACAGCAGAUUUCAUCCUCUGAAGCCCGAACAUCAUUUAAAAUGCACUGAUUCUGUGAAACGUUCGUAUUUGAUGUUUUUAUGCAUGCUAAUGGAGAUCUUAAUCUUUUCUUAAUGUUUUUAUGGCCUGUAAGAAAAAAAGUUUCUUCUUGUGACGAAUGUGUGAAACGGUUCCUGCACUGUAAAACAGGCUUUUAUCACACAUGUGAACCAAUAAAUGGAGUGAAAUCCA